AUGUCGUUCAGCAACACAAAGACGGGCUUCUCUGUAAAGGACAUUCUGGAUCUUCCUGACACCAAUGGAGGUUCUGAAACGGAGGAGACUGAAGAUGAGAACGAGCGUUUGUUGUCAACCCUAGUUGAUUACCAGAUCCACUUUGUUUCCUUCCAAACAGUGCAUAGUUUGUCAGUUGAUUCUCGAAACGAACCGAAAUAUCCAGAGCUGUCCGCCGACGAAUCCCAAGAUAUCGAUGGGGACGCCACAGGUGACAGCAGCGACUCGGGAAAGAAGAGGAAAAGGAGAGUGCUGUUUUCCAAAGCUCAAACCUACGAACUUGAGCGACGAUUCCGACAACAGAGAUAUCUCUCGGCGCCUGAGAGGGAGCGCCUUGCAAAUGCACUGCUACUGACACCGACUCAGGUGAAGAUCUGGUUCCAGAAUCACCGGUAUAAAAUGAAGAGAGCACGCGCUGAGAAGGGUAUGGAGAUGGUUCAUCUCGUGUCCCCAAGACGGGUGGCCAUUCCGGUUUUGGUUCGGGAUGGAAAGCCAUGUGACACUAACAAAACUCAGGAUCUCGAGGCCUCAUUCAGUGCUGGAAUACCUCUGUCGGCGUAUAGCGCCUAUUCUCUCCAUCACAUGCAUAUGCGCUCUCACUACAGCCCCGACGCCAUCUCACAGCUGCCCAGUGUGCAUCAUAUGGCGCAAAUGUACCAAUGGACUUGGUAGACGAUGGAUACUCAAAAUAACUUUGAUUCAACAAAAAUACGAUCUGAAGAAAGGGAUUGAAAUUGUAUCGAUAUUAUGAUCUCUAUUUUACCCAUAUCAGAGCUAAUUAUUCUGUGGCCCAUGGGGUCUGGACAAUGUUAGGGUUCUUGAAAUUCCGUUCUUUUUAUAAUGUUUCCCAAAUGAAUGUUAUAAAGGAAUGUUAUUUCUGUUGUAAAGUGCGCAAAAUGCUCAUAUUAUGAAUUAAUUUAUGUUUUUGGGUGGACUCUUGAAUAUUUAUGACCGUGAAUAAACCUCUGUCAGUUUGA